AUGAACCAAAUUAGCCCCGUGAAACGUAAAAUUGGACGUACGAAGCCUGUACCUCAGGUGGCUCCUUACGGUAAUGUCCAUGUCACUCACAGAGAGCGGUUGUUGCCGAGCGCUCAAAAUCGGGCACAAAAGAUUCCGACCCCUGAGGAGAUGCCGGCUAAUGGUCCGAAUUGGUAUCAGGCAUCGAACGAUAAUGUCCAUGCUCCUCACAGAGCGCGAUUAUCAACAAGCGCGCAAAAUCGGGCAUAA